AUGGCGGCGCCGGCGGCCGGGAGCCAGACCUCACUCGAUGACCUCGGCGACGACUCCGUUGGCGAGGUCCUCAUCCGCCUCCCGUCCCAAGCGAGCCUCGCCGUCGCCUCGGCGGUGUGCAAGCGGUGGCGCGGCCUCUGCACCUCCCCGGCGUUCCUCCGCCGCUUCCGCUUCCGCCGCCGCCACCUCGGCUCGCCUUUCCUCGGCCUGCUCCACUCCGCAGGCGGCAUCUGGGACCUCCGCGACGCCGGCGCCCGCUCCCGCCCCGACAUCGCCGCCCCACUCCGCGCCGUGGACGGGGCCGUGCACGGCCUGACACGGUUCCGCCGCUACCAAGACCUGCAGAUCCUGGACUACCGCGACGGCCGGUUCCUCCUGAAGCCACGCAAGUACAACCACCUCUUCCUGUACAACCUGCUCACCGGCGGCCACGCCGAGCUGAAGUGGCCGCUGCCGCAUGUGUUCUCUGACAUGACCGGCUUCCUGCUUGAUGGCGGCAAUGUCGUCUUCGUGUGCAAGAAUGAACCCUCCGACAACCCGAACAUUCCACCGCGGUGUGAAAGGGAUCACUCCUGCUUGUACUCUGCGGGCACCGGUGAAUGGCAGCUGCUGCAGCCGUCGUGCCGUGACGCCGACGCUGCAAGGUACACGGUGGUCUGCAGGCAUGACGUAGCCUGGUCGCAGUGCGCCGGUGAGAUGCGGUGA